AUGGCUCAAACUGAGGCUGAUGUUUAUGCCGGAGAUGUAUUCGUCGGCAUUGACGACGAUGAAGAAAAAGCCCGGGCCAUUGCAGGAAAUGAUCUGCAAGGCCCUCGCAAGCAAGCAACUACAGGCGUCAUCUACGGUGACAUUGGUACCUCGCCUCUUUACGUCUACUCAUCCACCUUCUCGUCUCAGCCUUCAUGGCAAGACCUCGUCGGCGCCCUCUCGAUUAUUAUAUGGUCUCUGACCCUUAUCGUAACCGCCAAGUACUGCUUCAUUGUUCUCAGUGCCGACGAUAAUGAACAGGGAGGGACAUUUGCUCUUUACAGUCUCUUGGCGAGAUAUACGGAUAUUUCGAGACGAGAUCCCAGGGAUGUGCCGGGUAUUCGAUUGCAGAGGUUCGAAACUGGCGAUCUCAAGGCUGGCGGCAAGAGUCUUCGUGGACUUCUUGAGAAGUCUAGAACGAUUCAAUUCUUCUUGCAAUUUAUCGGCGUCUUGGGUGUCUCUAUGGUCAUGGCUGAUGGUGUGCUGACACCGGCGCAGUCUGUCCUAGGAGCUAUCCAAGGAAUCAAGGUUAUCAAUCCUGACCUGGGAACCUCUGCCAUCGUCGGUAUCUCAUAUGGUAUACUUGUUAUACUCUUUCUCAUCCAGCCAUUUGGCACAUCAAAGAUCGGUACCAUGUUCGCACCGGUUGUCGUCAUCUGGUUGCCAUUUAACCUUUACGCUGGUAUUUAUAAUCUCGCCGUCCACGAUUACACCGUCCUCAAGGCAUUCAGUCCACACUUUGCCUUCUCAUAUCUUGUGCGCAACGGCCACGAGGGCUGGAAAUCCCUCGGAGGUCUGCUCUUGGCUUUUACAGGCGUCGAGGCCUUGUUCGCGGACCUGGGAGCGUUCAGCAAACGUGCGGUGCAACUAUCGUGGAUGUGCUUGGCUUAUCCCUGUCUUCUCAUCGCAUAUGUAGGACAAGCCGCGUAUAUAUCUCACGACGAGACGAAACAAGCUUUCACGAACCCCUUCUUCAAUACGGUGCCUCCAGGAAGUCUGUAUUUUCUUGGUGAUCGCGAUUCUUGCAGCCAUCGUCGCUUCUCAAGCUAUGAUAACUUCAACCUUUCAACUUCUCACUCAGAUAAUGAGGCUCUCAUACUUUCCUCGGUCUACAUGCCAAUGGGCAAUUGGCUACUCAUGACUGGUACGGUUAUCAUUACAGCAGUAUACAACAAUACUACCUCCCUAGGCAACGCAUAUGGUGUCUGCGUUAUCACAGUCACUUUUAUCACGACGUGCAUGGUCUCCCUUGUCGCAAUUCUCGUUUGGAGGCUUCCAGCGUACAUAGUCGUGCCACUCUGGCUGGUCUUUGCCAGUUUGGAUGCUGCGUUUCUAUCGGCAGUCUACGAAAAGGUUCCAGACGGCGCCUGGUUCACCCUUCUUCUAGCCUUCAUACUCUCCUACCUCUUUACCCUGUGGCGUUUCGGAAAAGAGUGUCAGUGGCAAGCAGAAUCUCAUGAUCAGCUUUCGCCCCAAGCGCUCUUGCUUCCUACCACUGCGACAAAAGGCACUGUGGCUCUGUCGUCUACAUUUGAUGGAACGCCUAUUUCUACUGUUCCAGGCCUGGGGAUAUUCUUUGACAAGUCUGGCAUCGCCAACUCCCUUCCUCCUUCUUUCUUCCAGUUCGUCAUCAAGUUCGCCGCACGACCAGCAGUCGUUGUUCUCUUCAACAUGCGUCCCCUCCCGGUACCUACAGUUACAAUGACCGAUCGAUAUGUCAUAAGGCACGUCUCCGAAAUCGAUUCGUGUUAUGCUGUUACACUACGCCAUGGCUACACAGACAGCAUUUUGUAUCCGGGUCUCGCUCAGGAUAUUGUUCAACAGAUUGUGCUUUCAAUCGCAAGAGGUCGACGCAACAAUACAACAGAUGCCGAGCUAGACCUGGUGCAAUCCUCACGGAAGUCUCCUGCUGUGUACAUCCUUGGUAAAGAGACGAUCAAAAUUGGCUGGCCAAGUGUCCGAUCUCCCAAGGCUUAUCUCCGGUCCUGGCUGCUGUGGAUCUUUCUUUGGUUUCGAGAAAACUCUCGAACUAAGCUUGCUGAUAUUGAUAUCGAUGCCGACAAAGUAAUCGAGGUUGGGUUCAUUAAAGAACUGUAG